UCGGGGUCCCGCUACUACACAAUGGCCGCAGAUCACUGUCCAACUGAAGAUGGGUACGUGCUGCUAGAGGAUGUCAAACUGUGUUUCAAGGUGUUCAAUCUUACCAAAAACAUGGCAGCAGCACGUGAUUUUUGUAACCAAUCACGUUCCAGAUUGAUUGUCUUGGACACAAAGGAAAAGAACUUGGCUGUCAGUGGCUACAUUAAAGAAAAUAUAGGUAACUUAAAGCUCUUUAUCGGUCUGACAGAUGAGGACCACGAAGACCAUUUCGUCUGGGAGAAUGGAAACACAGCUAAUUUCACCAACUGGAGGACUGGACAACCAAACAAUUAUGAUGGCAGCCAACACUGUGUUUUGCUAAUUGCAAAAAGAGCAAAAUGGAACGAUGUACGGUGCAAUAGACAAAUAGCAUACAUCUGUGAAAAGGUUGUAUGAUGACCAGAGGUCAAGCAUUCUGAGAGUAAUGCUAAAACAAUACAUGUCCCCUACCGGGCCUAAACACAUUUCGUAUAUCCUAAGUUAAAGAGACAUAACUCUGUCGCAAAUUGGUACAUGGCUGUGAAAG